AUGCCUCAUCAGGCCCAAAAGCCAAUCGCGCCAUCGUCCCUGCGAGGGGCACGCCCAUUGGCUCUGGCACUGGAAUCCGACCUCGUGGUGUUCUCCCCCAACGGGCGAUUGGUCUUCCAGCUGGUGCUCUGGCCGACGGUGAUCGCCGGCGUGAUCGGCAACGGCGCCGUGCUCUGGCGCAUCCUCGUGCUGCCUGGCGGCAGGUUCGCCCUCCUCAAGCCCUUUUACCGAUGCGCCCUCGUGAGUUUCGCCGUCUCGGAUCUGGUCCUGCUCGUCGCCUCGGGGGUCCACACCCUGGCGAAGCUCAGUUGCACGGCCACUCUACUCUGGACCCUACCCGGCUGGAGUUGCGCCGCCAUACCCUUUCUGCAGACGUGCGCCAUCGUCGCUGGAUCCUUCGUUUUGGCCUCCGUCGCGGUAGAUCGCUACAGAGCACUGAUACCGGAUUACCCGAGAAGCGAAGGGCCCACGUGGUUCCACGCCGUAUUCUUCAACGGGUUCGUCUGGCUCUUUGCCAUGGCGGUGUCUUACCCCGUAGUCGGAAUAUACGAAAUCGACGUGAUCACCGUCGUCAGAGAGGAUUCUACCGUGUACGACGGUCGCUUGUGUUCUACGGACCAAGAGCACACGGCUGUCGUCUACACUGCCCUGUUUGUCGUGAUAUUCGCGCCAUUGGCUUUGGUUUUCUUGCUCGUGCACGUUCUGCUGGCGCUUAACAUUUGGGGUCGUCGACAGAAACAGCAGCAGCAGCGCACCGAUAGGUCGAACGUCGGAAGCGAUUCCCAAAGCAUGGACUUCUCCUCUUCUGCAGUGUCCAGCAGCAGCGCGAAGCAACAACAUCCGAUUCCAUUACCGAACAACCACGCAAAACGCAAAAAGCGCACUGUCAAGGUGAUCCUCGUCCUGAUGGUGGUAUUCCUCGCUGGAAGACUACCCUCGUGGGCGUUUCUCCUGUGCAAGCAACACAUGCGUCUCCCAGGCGGGCUCUGGCACUACCUUCAGACAGCUUUUACGGGCCUCAGUUUGCUCAGCGCAGCCCUCGAUCCCUUCCUCUACGCGUUCCUCUGCGAGGCUCUAUCCCUCGUCGGACUACUGCGCUCUUACUGCGCGAAAGUCAAGGAGUCCGCGACUCAUCCUCGGACUGGGGCUCAUGCCACGAGUGCCGAAAGUCCGGCUGUCAUCGUACCACGGGGUCCUUACAAUUUUUAAACAAUCGGGUUUUCAUUGCCAACACCAUAUUUUAUUUAUUAUAUAUAUAUACGCACAUUUCUACAAUUAAGUGUCUACAAGAUAACCGUUGGUUCAGUUCGUAUAUUAAUUACAAUUUAUCAUGUGUAUACAUAUGCACCGAUGAUCGGUAACGAUUUUUAUUGACAGUGCUUACUAUUUUCGGAAAUAAAUUAUGGAUCGUAUGAUAAUAUUACGUUGAUUUACGUGCCGUUAAAGAUAACGGUUUGUUCACGCGUGCAAGUGCAAGUUUAUUGAAUAAUAUGUCAUGUGUAUUAGGUACUAACGUCAUAUCAAUUAUAUUUAUGUUGUGAUUAUAAGUAUAAAUGCUGAGUUUGAAUUUUAUAUGAUUCGUAAGCUCAUAUGUGUUUCUGAAAAUGUUCAAAGGUAACUUUAAUA